UUUCUUUGAUCUUUAAGCAGUUGUAGAUGAUAUCUGUUAAUACGUGAUGAUCUAUGAGUAUGUAAGUGUCUGUGUGUGUAUAUUUUAUAUGUAUAUGUAUGUAUGAGGAUGGAUAUAUGCUUGUGCGUCUCUGCUUGUGCAUUUCUUUGAUGAUUUUUGAUGUAUAUAGUACCCUCUGCCGGAGAAUUAUGCGUGCUUGACUAAGAAAGGGGAAAAGGAAAGUGAUUCAAUUGGAUUAGGUUUGGGAUUCAGUAUUUUUUCGAGCACAUACGCAUACCUUUUUUUAUAUUUUUCUGGAGUUGACUGGUUAUUUGUUUCCGAAGAAUUAUAUUUGGUAUGAUAGAAUAGAGUCCAGUGAAAAAUACUUAUACCUUUUUACCGCCUGAAGCUCGAUAAGAUGAGCUGCUGAAAGAGGUUAGAUCUAUCAGUUUGAGAGGAAGGAAGAUACCUCCAGGGUUUUGAAGAUUUAGAGUGUUGGCAUUUCUUGUUACAGAUGAUGUGUUUGUUUAUCUUAAUUUUUAUGUUUCUUUCUAUUUGUUGUUAGGGUUCCUCCUUGAAAAUAUGGAUAAUAGAUGGUAUAGUGGCAAACAAGAGAUGCACAAUAAAAGGCAACUGAGAAACAAUGAGGGUCACAGAAAAUGUAGAUUUGGACAAUGUGGAGCAAGCAUCGUUGGACACACAGCUGCCUUCAUCUAAUAUUGGGUUCAGGCUUCUUCAGAAGAUGGGAUGGAAAGGGAAGGGCCUUGGAAAAGAUGAACAAGGAAUUAUUGAGCCAAUCAAAUCAGGAAUAAGAGAUGCUAAACUAGGCCUUGGUAAACAAGAAGAAGAUGAUUAUUUUACAGCCGAGGAAAAUAUCCAGCGCAGAAAGCUGGAUAUUGAAGUUGAAGAGACCGAGGAACUUGCCAAAAAGAGAGAGGUUAUAGCAGAACGCGAGCAAAAAAUUCAAAGUGAGGUGAAAGAAAUACGGAAGGUGUUCUAUUGUGAUCUCUGCAACAAACAGUAUAAAUUGGCAAUGGAGUUUGAAGCUCAUCUAAGCUCCUAUGACCACAACCACAGAAAGAGGUUCAAACAAAUGAGAGAUAUGCAUGGAAGCAGCAGUCGUGAUGAUAGACAGAAAAGGGAACAACAACGUCAAGAAAGGGAGAUGGCAAAGUUUAUGCAGAUGGCUGAUGUCCAUAAGCAGCAACUGCAGAUACAGAAUCAGGAGGAAACUGGAACUGUUCCUACUCCUGCUGCAACAACUAGUGCUACUGCAGUUGCAGACCAAGAUCAGCGAAAAGCUCUAAAGUUCGGAUUUUCGGCAAAAGGCAGCAUGCUUAGGAGCUCUGCUAGUACCACUGCCAAGAAGCCGAAGGUAGCUAUUGCCUCAGUUUUUAGCAAUGACAGUGAAGAAGAAUAGGGAAAUUUCUAACACCUCCUGCUGAUAUUUACUCUGUCUGAGACCUCAGAAACGCCCGAUUGUAUGACUCUUGUAUUUUAAUUAGUUGACUGUAAUCUCCAUUGAAACUGUUUUCUAUAGAAGAUGUUCUUCAGGAAUAGUAAUUUCAGGACAGGAUUCUCUCCUUUUUUCGGGGCAGCGGUCUGUACGUGUCAAUCCUGUUAUAAUUUCAUUUCACAACGUGGUUCGAAGACAUGGUUGCCUAAUGUAUUGCUGAUGGGCUAGUUUUGCAAUGAAAUUAUUGACAAUUAACUGCUUU